AUGAGGGGACUAGAUCAGGAGCCGUUUUCACUUGGAAGCAUGAUCAAUGUAAUCCUGCAGAUAUACUAUGUGGAGGGACCUCAGCGACCGCCAGCAACAGGGGCUCUGCCCAACUUUGAGCAAGUGGAUGGGGUGUAUGUGAGCAGCUGUCAACCAGAGCAGCUGGACUUCUUGAGGGCUAAUAAAGCCAGUGCCACCAAGUCAAACACAGCUUCCGCAACUGAUUCAAAUGCGAAUCAUCAUGCGGCGAUCGUAGCGUCGGGGCAUCCGCGAUCGGAAAGACCCGAGUUAGAGUUGUCAGAUGGAACCUUGCCGAGUUUUGGAAUCUCUUCCUCAGACGAGUAUCCGUCAAUAUUGAGCGACGACUUCUUCACAGCAUUACUGGAACCGUUUGGCGUUAGCGAGGAGGAAUCGACCAGUUCCCAUGGGCCAGAUGAGUUGGUGCAAGUCGAGGGACUGUGA